UCGUCAGGCUGGUGUAACGCUGUGAGCAUAUUAGACGUGCCCGACCAAAUUGAGAUAUUACACAGUCGGACGGUCAGGCUGGGGGACACGUCUGAUGUGUGAUCUAAUUUCUAAAGGGACCCUUAUUGCAAUUCAAAGGAUUAGACAGCAGCAAAGGACCAAUUAAAGGAAUUCUUCUCGUGGUUCUUUUAUUUCAGCGCUGUCACCAAUUCAUCCUCUGGUUCAACUUUCUUUGGACAAUUCUCUUAUUUGUGAAACACACAGUUAACUAUAUUCAGUACCAUCUUAUAGAGCUGUAUUUUUUUAUCCGGGCCACGCCACCGCGAAUGAUCUUAAACUUUAUCCGGCUAUUCAGCGAGGUUCGUGAAAACCAAAAAGCAAAGGAAAUAUUGCCCAUGCAAGACGCAUUCAUUCAGCGGGAAUAAGGAACAAAGACAUUCGUGCCAACAACAGAAGCACUCUCCGGUGGGUCACUUUGCUUACAGAUGUAAAGAGGGGUAAAAAGGUUUAUGACUGAAAAGAACCCCGAAGUGCAUUAAUUUCUGCAACACACUUCAAAGUCGGAGACCUUUCAAAGUUGUCUACUGUAAAAGUCACGCGCGUCCUUUCAAACGGACGAAUUUUUAUUAUUUUUCCUUGGCAAAGUUUUUUUUCCUUUUUAAUAUUUUAUAUAUAUAUAUAUAUAUAUAUAUAUAUAUAUAUAUAUAUAUAUAUAUAUAUAUAUUUGAAACUACAUUUGACAAAUUCUCCGUCUUCGUUCCAUUAAAUUUUGUUUACCCCUUUGGAAAUAAUGACAAGUAGACAGGACUAAGUGCGCCUGUAGUUUUCAUUGUUCUGUUCUGGAGAGGAGCGGGUCCUUUGUCUCAAGCAGCGAGAUGAGUAUGAACCUGUCAACUCCUACACCUCCACUGAGACUGAAGCGAGUAGACUUUGAGGACUCUCACAACACCGAUACCUUCAAAUGCAAGCGUCGCAGGCUCAGUCAGCCUCCCUCGCCGGGUCUCGCGCCCUGUCUUCGCCCCCUUUCCCAGAGCCUGGAACAACAAGGGUCGGAGGAGCACCAUGUCUCACGUAUCGGAACCUACAUCCUGCUGGAGGCUACAGAAGGAGCUCAGACAUUCAGAGCGGUUCAUCAGGUCACAGAGCAGGAGUACACGUGCAAGGUGUUUUCAAUCAAGAAGUAUCACGAGUUCAUCGCACCCUACACACGCCUGUUGCCACACAACAACAUCUGUAAGAUUUCAGAGGUGGUGCUGGGGGAGAACAACAUGUACAUAUUCUUUGAGCGUAACUAUGGAGACAUGCACUCGUAUGUGCGCAGCUGCAAGAGACUGCAGGAGGACGAGGCCGUGCGGCUGUUCAUUCAGAUGGCAGCGGCAGUCGCGCACUGUCACGAGAACGGCGUCGUUUUAAGAGACCUGAAACUGCGCAAGUUCGUGUUCACCGAUCCGCAGAGAACAAAGCUGGUCUUGCAAAACUUGGAGGAUUCUUGUCUACUAAACGGCAAUGAUGACUCACUGACAGACAAGCAUGGCUGUCCGGCCUACGUCGGCCCGGAGAUUUUAAACUCGCGACACUCGUACUCAGGGAAGGCUGCCGACGUGUGGAGCCUUGGUGUUGUUCUCUACACCAUGUUAGUAGGACGUUACCCAUUCCAGGAUGUGGAACCCACAGCACUGUUCAGCAAAAUUCGUAGGGGUGCGUUCACCAUCCCGGACACUCUUUCACCCAGGGCUAAGUCUUUGGUGUGUUGUAUGUUGAGGAAAUCUCCUUCUGAGAGGCUCGAGGCUGGAGAUAUUCUUUUCCACCCUUGGCUGCACUGUAACAACAAUAUAUCCCUCAGCCAGCACUCCAGCACCAGGCACUCAACGGAUCAGGUGGUCCCUGAUUUUGAACCGAGCGAGAGUGAAGAUUGUUAGGAAUUCCACAAGGGGGAAAUGAAAGUGCCUCCUUCUUUCUGUUUACCUCCCUGACUCCACAGUCGGGGGGGUAGAGGGGGGUGGAGGAGCGGACUCUACAGAGAGAUUGCCUCAUAAGGUAUGCAGAGUUCAAGGGCAUCGAAUGGAACAGAUUCCAGAUACUGUGGCAGGUUAAUAGCAGUGCUGUUUUUCACCCAGCAGAGGACUACUGGGGUUUUCGGGACAGGCAGACAGAAAGACGUAACUGUGUUUUUGCCUACGAAAAUACCCAUUUGUGGUGAUCUCAAUACAUGGAGGGCUUGUGUUGGACACAGGCUGCUAAAAACUCUCCUGCCUAGCAGACAUUGAUUUACAGCACAGUUUGGAUUGAGUCCAGAAAGAAAAUCGUGACUUCAGGUUCAACAGUAUUGUUUAAUCAGUGCAUGGAUUUCACCCAUUGUAAACCCGUACUGUUGUGUAAGAGUCUGAUACCUCUAACUUCAAUCCUGCCAUACUUGAUGCACACUGUGUGCCUUUUAUGUACUGUUUACAUAUUUCUUGCAGUGGAAAUACAGACAUGACUAUUUAAAGUGCCUUUUCCCCCAGUAAAAGAGCCAGUGUUGUUGUUGGACUUGUCGAAGUACCAAAGAUUUGAGUUUUUCCCAGCCAGAGCAUGUGGCUCGGCAAAAGGUUAGCGCAAGUGCUCAUGUUUCCUUUUUAUGUGAAGAAUUCGAAAAGGUUGCGUUUUCUGCCAGUUACAUCCAAUUGUAAAUGUCAUCUGUUAGACUAUGUAUUUCUGCAUUAGAGCAGGUUGGACCUUGGAGGAUGUGGAGCAAAAGUUGACAUGCACCGCAGGAAAUAUCCAUAUAAUGGUUUUGCGGUGUGCCUGUUGAGCAAAACAAAGGCUUUACAUACACAUUGUUUGUGAUGCCUGCAUGCAAUGCUUUGACCCUAUUUUGUUAAAGGACUUGUCAAUUUGUAGAUAUCUUUUUUGUUACUAGAGAGAAGUGGACACUACAUGUUGUUUCAAGGGUUGUUGUACCUGUAAGAAUAGUAUUUUGUUGUUGCCAGUACAAAUAAAUAAUAAAAACUA